AUGGAUUUUUUCGCGCAGUAUCCGUUUGUUCUUGACUUAUCGACGAAGCAGCUGACACCUGCAAACCAGGUGAACCGUCAGCCGGUCGCCACGGUGUUGCCUGAGCGACCGACGACUCGUGUGUGCCGGGUGUCUGUACAGGAAACGUACGCUAUACCCCCAAACUGUGAGGUUGUGAUCCCCGGCCAUGUCGAUGAUGCUGAUUUUGAGGGAGAGGCUGUGUUCAUUGCCGACGUCGCAGUCAGUGGGUUGACGUUCCUGGACGGACUGGUUGAUGUGAAGCCGGGCGGCAGUGUUCCGGUCGUGGUGCGUAACGUGACGUCAUCCUCGGUCUCGGUGUCUAAGGGCAAGGGCCUAGGAUCAAUGGAAGCCGACUUCUCCAUUGAAGGGGAGGGGAAUGAUGCAGACAAUGGGGUGUCAAAUGGUCCCAGCUCUGGCGCGGGUUCCUUGGAGGAUUUGGUCGAUCUGUCUGAUGUGUCGCUAACGAGUCAGCAGCGGGAAAAGUUCUUUGCUCUGUUGCGCCGGUACCCCUCGUUGUUCUCAGACCAGCUUGGUCACUGCUCACUAGUUGAGCACGUAAUCGACACGGGCACUGCCAAGCCGGUGCGAUCAGCUCCCAGACGAAUUCCCCCACACCUGGAGACAGAAGUAAAGCAGCGCGUGCAGGAUAUGGUAGAUCAGGGGGUGCUGGAGCCGUCUGAUGGCACUUGGUCAUCACCGGUAGUCCUGGUGAAGAAAAGAGACGGUUCUGUGCGAAUUUGUGGGGAUUUUCGAAAACUUAACCGCGUGUGCCAGGUGCCAGCCUUUCCAAUCCCAAGGGUUGAUGUCCUACUUGACAGUCUGGGAGGUAACUCUUUGUUUUCGGUGCUCGAUCUAAAAAGCGGGUACAACCAGAUGAGCAUCCGAAAGGAGGAUCGAUCCAAAACGUCCAUCACGUUGCCGUUUGGGCUUUGGCAAUACACAACGUGCCCAUAUGGCCUCAGUGGUGCCCCGAGUUCGUUCGCCAGACUGUUGAGUCUUGUAUUGGGUGAUUUGGCUCCCACUGAUGCAGUGAGCUACUUUGAUGACAUUUUGGUUUUCUCUGGCGAGAUGUGCCGGGAACGCCCAUUGCCCGGCCCCAUAGUGUGCCUGGUAUGGGUGGGGCGCCAAUUGUAUUUCCGCCCCAAGGUGUCACAGCUGGCCGCUAUGUACCGCAACCUGUUGUUUUGCCGCACGUGCCGAUGCCGCGUCUGCCCGAGAUGCGACCUGACUGUGUGCCGCCACCUGACCCUGUACCGCUCCAUGACGCUGUGCCGCACCGGCCGGAGGUACCACAUGUUCCGCCGCCGUCCCCGCCGCCGCCGUUCGAUGCCGAGCCGCCGCGGGAUGUGGAUCAGCGGCCGCGAACUGUCACCCGUUUCGGGCGUGAGGUACGCCCCCCGAAACGGUUCGACCCUGCUCACUGGUCUUUUGAUUAAGCGUUUGUUGUGACUGUCGUUGGCAUAUUGUUCAAUAGGAGGGGAGGAGUGUAAGUAGGUAUAAUAUUAUUUAGUGGCCGAGAGCCGUGAAGGAUGCACGGCUAAAUCGUGUUCCCGGCUGUGGCGGGAAGCGGUCGCGCGUCGGCGCGCGAGCAGAGCAGAGCAGAGCGCUGGGCAGAGGGUGUGUGUGUGGAGCGCGGCCGGAGGCGCGGCUGGUUGUGUGUUGUGUGUUCGGUCAAGCUGAGAACACAGGAAUACAGAGACAUGCAGUAAGACCGGAGGCUGUAUCUGAAGACUGAGGUGUCUUACAUUAGC